AUGGCGACUGAGAUCCACCGGGUCGGGUCGGAAACCCCUCCUUCAAGUUCCUCCGAAAAGGACCGUAUCGAAGAGAAGAACACCGUGAUCUCUCAGGACGUCGAGGGGAACUUUGACGAAGAGAGCAAGCGGUUGGUUGCAGACCGGGCAGAAGCGACAGAGCUUACGCCUGUAGAGGCUUUCAAGUGGUACGUUGAAGGCGAUCAGUCACCAUUCCCAGAAGUCGCAGCCUGCGUGCCUAAUACAGACGAUCCCAGCCUCCCUUGCAAUACUUUCCGUGCCUGGUUCCUGACCACUGUAUUUGUUGUUGUCUUUGCGGGCGCAAAUCAGUUCUUCGGUCUUCGGUAUCCCUCGUUGUCCAUCGGCUAUGUCGUCGCCCAGCUUCUUGUCUUUCCCAUCGGUCGGGCGUGGGAGAUCCUCCCUCGAUGGAGAUUGCCCCUGGGCCCUCUUUCUUUCGACAUCAACCCGGGCCGAUUCAGCAUCAAAGAGCACGCCCUCAUCGUCAUCUGUGUCAACAUCAGUGCCAGCACAGCCUAUGCGUCGGGCGCACUGGUCUCGAUUAUCAGCCCCGUCUACUGGGAUCGUGACUACGGCGCGGGCUUCUCUUUCAUCUUCCCCCUGACUACACAGAUGCUGGGGUUUGGCCUCGCUGGCCUCUCACGUCGAUGGCUCGUCUACCCGGCCGCUCUCAUCUGGCCGUCCACGCUGUCCUCUGCUGUUCUUUUCCGUGCUCUGCACGAGCCGCAGGAUAAUUCGCCGGCAAACGGAUGGACCAUAUCGCGAUAUCGAUUCUUCUCGUACUUUACGGUCUUCGCUUUUGUACUCUUCUGGUUCCCUGACUAUAUCUGGACAAGCCUCAGCACAUUUGCCUUCGUCACCUGGAUCGCGCCGCACAACCAAAAGGUCAACACCAUCUUCGGGAUGAACUCUGGAUUAGGUCUCUUGCCAAUCAGCUUCGACUGGACGCAGAUCAACUACGCCGGUUCACCCCUGAUCACGCCGUUCUACAUCACUUGCAACGCAUUUGCGGUAGUGGUUCUCUUCUACCUGUUCCUGUCGCCAAUACUGUACUAUUCAAACGUAUGGCAGAGUGCAUACUUGCCGCUACUCUCCUCGAGCACCUUUGACAACACCGGCUCAUCAUACAACAUCACACGGGUCGUCGACGACAAUCUCAACUUUGUGCUGUCCAAGUACGAAGAGUACUCGCCAAUGUACAUCUCCAUGUCUUAUUCGCUGACGUACGCCCUGUCCUUUGCCGCCGUCACGGCUAUCGUGGUGCACACGUACCUGUACAACGGCGCUGAGAUCUGGGCCAAGUUCAAGAACUCGAGACACGGCGGGGAGGAUAUCCACAAAAGGCUUAUGAACAACUAUAAAGAGGUGCCGGACUGGUGGUACGCUAUCUUAACCGUGGUGAUCGUGGCGCUCGGCUGCGUGACAGUCAGCUACUGGGACACCGGCCUGCCAGUCUGGGGAUUCAUUGUGGUGUGCUUCGGCAUGGGUGUAGUCCUGAUCGUACCUGAAGGAAUACUGGAAGGUACCACCAACCAGAGAGUCUUCCUGAACAUCAUCGCCGAACUUAUCGCCGGUGUCAAGCAUGGCAUGGACUUUGCGCAGGAUUUAAAGCUUGGCCAGUACAUGAAGAUCCCGCCUAGGGUCCUAUUCGUUGGCCAGUUGUACUCGUCAGUUUUGGCGACUGCCACACAAACUGGAGUCCUGCGCUGGAUGAUCGGCAAUAUUCCCAAGCUCUGCCACAGCGACAACACACAGCGCUUCACCUGCGCCGGCGCCAAGGUCGUCUACAACGCCUCGCUGAUCUGGGGCACGAUCGGGCCGCAGCGCAUGUUCCAGGUCGGACAGAUAUACCACGCGACAGUGUACUUCUUCAUCAUCGGGCCGGUCGUUACCGUGCUGGUCUACAUGAUCUACAGGCGGUAUCCCAACAGCUGGGUGCGCUUCAUCAACGUCCCCAUCUUCUUCAACGCCGCUGGCAACAUCCCGCCGGCCAACACGACGCAGUACAGCCUGUGGUUCAUUUUCGGGUUCCUGUUCAACUACCUCAUCCGGAAGAGGGCCUUCGCCUGGUGGAAGAGGUACAACUAUCUCCUGCAGAGCGCUAUGGACACAGGGACCGCCAUCGCCACCAUCGUUAUUUUCUUCGCCUUGAGCUAUCACAACGUGAAGCUUGAAUGGUGGGGAAACACAGUUGGCUCGGACACGGACGAUGCUAACUCUGUGCCAUGGCUCACUGUGCCGGAUGGCCAGAUCUUUGGGAAAGCCCGAGGGCAAUUUUGA